AUGGCUGGCUCUAAUGGAGAAAACCCAACUUCGAUCGACGGCAAUAUUCUCGUGGCCAUGAGCCUGGCUCGGGCCGGAGUAAACAAGAUGUUCGGAGUAGUGGGCAUCCCGGUCACUUCAUUAGCGAACCGGGCUAUGUCCCUUGGAAUCCGGUUCAUCGCCUUUCAUAACGAACAGUCUGCCGGCUAUGCUGCCUCAGCCUACGGCUACCUCACUGGACGUCCGGGAAUUCUUCUCACAGUUUCCGGGCCGGGCUGCGUUCAUGGGUUGGCUGGUUUAUCGAACGCUGGCAUUAACGGGUGGCCCAUGGUUUUGAUUUCGGGUUCGUGUGAUCAAAAGGACUUCGGCCGUGGUGACUUCCAGGAGCUUGAUCAAAUUGCCGCCGUUCAACCCUUUUCGAAGUUCUCGGUGAAAGCUACUGAUAUUUCCAAAAUCCCUGCUUGUGUUUUCGAUGUUCUCGAUCAUGCCAAUUCGGGCAGACCCGGUGGGUGCUAUUUGGAUCUUCCUACUGAUGUUCUUCACCAGUGUAUCACUGAGGAUGAAGCCCAUAAGUUGAUUGAUGAGGCUGAGGGUAGUAGGAAGAAGGAGCUGAUUGAAAAGCCAGUGGUUAAUCAUUCUGAAAUUGGAAAGGCGGUUGCUUUAUUGAGAAACGCCGAGAGGCCUCUGAUUGUUUUUGGAAAGGGAGCUGCAUAUGCUAGGGCAGAGAAUGCAUUGCAGAAAUUGGUUGAGAGCACUGGGAUUCCGUUCUUGCCCACUCCCAUGGGGAAGGGAUUGUUGAGUGAUACCCAUGAAUUGUCAGCCACGGCUGCCAGGUCGCUGGCAAUUGGGAAAUGUGAUGUUGCACUUAUUGUUGGUGCUAGGUUGAAUUGGUUACUGCAUUUUGGGGAGCCACCAAAGUGGUCCAAGGAUGUGAAGUUCAUUUUGGUAGAUAUUAGCAAAGAAGAGAUUGAAUUGAGGAAGCCUUUUGUUGGUUUGGUUGGCGAUGCUAAAGAGGUUGUUGAAAGAUUACAUAAGGAGAUUAAAGAUGACCCCUUUACCUUUGGAAAGACUCAUCCUUGGGUUGAGUCUAUCGCGAAGAAGGCUAAGGAGAAUGUGGCAAAAAUGGAGGUACAAUUGGCUAAAGAUGUUGUCCCAUUCAAUUUUAUGACUCCUUUGAGGAUUAUUAGGGACGCUAUUUUGGGUGUGGGUAGUCCUGCUCCCAUUUUGGUUUCUGAGGGGGCAAACACUAUGGAUGUUGGUCGAGCUGUAUUGGUUCAAACCGAACCGAGGACUAGGUUGGAUGCUGGGACUUGGGGGACUAUGGGGGUUGGAUUAGGAUAUUGCAUUGCUUCUGCUGUUGCUUCUCCUGAUCGGCUUGUAGUUGCUGUUGAAGGGGAUUCUGGAUUUGGCUUCAGUGCAAUGGAAGUUGAGACCUUGGUUAGGUAUCAGUUACCUGUGGUGGUUAUUGUUUUUAACAAUGGUGGAGUUUAUGGAGGUGAUAGAAGGAGUCCUGAAGAAAUAUCUGGGCCUCACAAGGAUGAUCCUGCUCCCACUUCAUUUGUACCUGGUGCAGCCUAUCAUGUUCUGAUGGAAGCUUUUGGUGGAAAAGGUUACCUUGUUCAGACGCCUGACGAACUCAAAUCUGCACUUGCGGAAUCCUUUACAGCUCGGAAGCCUGCUGUCAUCAAUGUCAUAAUUGAUCCUUAUGCUGGUUCCGAAACUUCUAUAAAAAGCCAAACUAGCCGCCUUAGCAAUUCUGCUUAUAUUCCUGACAGGGCCAUUAUUGUUGCUGAGCUCUUGUUGAAAGGCAGAGCUCUUGUUGAUCCUUCAAGGAAGAAGGGAAUCAUGGAAGAGGCUCUGCUGCCACAGAACAAUAAAGAGAUUAACCGAGGUUCGCCAUGCAAUCAUUAUGUGGAGGAACUGAAGAGGGUGAAUAGCAUAGCGUUUCCUAUGAUUGUUACAAAUAUAGCUCAGUAUCUGUUGCGGGUUUCUCCCAUAUUCAUGGUUGGACAUCUUGGCGAACUCCAGCUCUCUGGUGUUUCAAUUGCCACUUCCUUCUCCAAUGUUACUGGCUUCAGUGUUCUGUUUGGGAUGUCAAGUGCAUUGGAGACCUUAUGUGGUCAGGCUUUUGGAGCGAAACAAUAUCAUAGACUUGGAGCUUAUACUUACGGCGCGAUUUUAAGUCUCUUCAUCGUUUGCAUACCAAUAGCCCUUUUGUGGAUCUUCACGGAUAAGCUACUCAUACUCACAGGCCAAGAUCCUGCCAUUGCAGCCGAGGCUGGAAAGUAUUUGAUCUGGCUUUUACCGACUCUGUUACCUUAUGCCAUUCUUCAGUCACUGGUUCGUUUCCUGCAGACUCAAAGUUUAAUUCUUCCGAUGCUACUGAGUACAGUUGCAGCUCUAGCCAUCCAGGUUCCUCUCUGCUGGGUUCUUAUAUUCAAGUUGAAUAUGGAAAAUGCUGGAGGAGCUUUGUCCAUUAGCAUAUCUUACUGGCUGAAUGUGGUCUUUCUUGCUCUGUAUGUGAAAUACUCUCCAGCCUGUAAAGAGUCUCGUGUCUCGGGUGGUGCCCUGCAGACAAUGGGAGAAUUCUUACAUUUUGCUGUCCCUUCUGCAGUGAUGGUCUGCCUGGAAUGGUGGGCAUUUGAACUGGUUAUAUUGCUCUCUGGCUUGGCCCCAAAUCCUAAGCUAGAAGUUUCUGUGCUAUCUAUUUGCUUCACAAUGACUUCAACUCACUACCUCAUUCCAUAUUCUUUUGGUGUCGCCGCAAGCACCCGGAUCGCGAAUGAAUUAGGAGCCGGGAAUCCACGGGAAGCAAAGACAGCUCUUUCGAUGGUGCUAAUAGUCUCGGUAACAGAGUUUCUUGUGGCAGGCCUGAUUUUGUUCGUGUGCCGUUCUAGACUUGGAUAUGCCUUCAGUGAUGAGAAUGAAGUAAUUGAGUAUGUGAAGAAACUGACACCACUCCUGUGUAUGUCCAUAAUGAUGGACGGUACCCAAUCUAUCUUAUCAGGGGUUGCUAGAGGAAGUGGAUGGCAGAGGUUAGGAGCAUAUGUGAACUUAGGGGCGUAUUAUCUGGUCGGAAUUCCGGUAGCAUUGGUACUGGGAUUUGCAUUGCAUUUAAGAGGAAUGGGGCUAUGGGGUGGACUGGUUUCAGGAGCUGUGGUGCAAUCCAUUUUCUUCUCAACCAUUACUGCUCUUACAAACUGGGAAAAACAGUCAAUUGAAGCAAGAAAGAGAAUAUUUGAAGGUGAACAAGAAAAGGCCAGCUUGCUAUAA